AUGGUUUGGUUUUCGUUAAUUUUAUGGUUUUUAAUCGUGGAAAGGUCCUUUGGAUUUUGUCCAUCGUUAUGUUCGUGCAAAGGCAUUAAAUCGGGUGACGGUGCGACAGAGCAGGUCCCGAGCGAGAUAAGAUGUGGAGGUAACCCUGGCCAAUUGACGGAGCUCAAAGAAAUUGACUUGAGCAAACUUUGGAUGGUUAUUGUAAGCUUAAACUUAUCUGGAAAUGCGAUUUCAACUUUGUCAAGGGACCUUCACUUACCAAAAUUACAAAAGCUAGAUCUAAGCAGAAAUCAAAUAAACUUAAUAGAAUCAGAUGCCUUCUACAACAUGACUUCACUGAAAAGACUGGAUUUAUCGCAUAAUCAAAUAAGUAAUGUUUAUAAAGAGAUGUUCAAAGGGCUGGUUAAUUUGGAGAGGUUAAAUUUGUCUCGUAAUCACAUCUCGGCCCUUGGAAGUGGGACAUUUGAUUAUUUGAUUGGCCUGAAACAACUUGACAUCACAGAAAAUCCUCUAAUAUGCAACUGUGAUCUACUCUGGUUGGGUGACUGGUCAAGAAACACUAGUGUCAAGUUAUUUGGUGGACCAAAGUGUGCAUAUCCGGAGAACAUGGUCGACAAGCCAGUACGAAAACUGAGGAUUUUCUUAGAUCUCUCAGCGUGCGGUAGUAUUUUGCCCGCAAAUAGUUUGAUUGUGAAACCGUCACACGAUCAAGUGGUGUUCGAAGGGGAUACACUGAGUUUAACUUGUAAUGCCCCUUUUGCUUCAGUAGUAGCAAAGUAUGAAUUGAAUUGGGUGCAUUCAAUGCAAGAAUGCUGCGGUGAUGUAAACAUUACAAGUACGGACAUGCAAGAGGAGGGCUUGGCUGAGACAACAGUGUAUUUCCCUUGCAUAUCCAACCACCAUGCAGGAAAUUGGACCUGCUCAUACUGCGAUCAGAAUCACAUUAAACACAAUUAUACAGUGCAAAUAAUAGUUUUAUCGAACUUUACGCAAUACUGUCCGACGGAUAAUACGGUCGGGAAUAAGGGAUUGUAUUCGUGGCCACAGUUAUUACUUAACCGUACUGCAUCUGUGCCUUGUAGGAGCGGUGAGGGCAGGGCUUAUAGGCAUUGCUUCGGGAAUGCAACUUGGGGUCAAGCGAAUACAACGGAAUGUUCAUACAUCAGCAAUAUAACAAAGUUAUUGCAACAGUUUGCGUUACUUAAUGUGAGUUUAGUUCAGUAUUCAGCUAUAAAUGCAACAGAGAGAUUGGCUAUGUUGAUUGAAGAGAAGACGUAUCCGUUGGCCGAAAUAUCGGAUGCCGAUGAUGUUAUGUUUAUUGCGGAUGCAGUUAGAAACUACAUGCAAUAUAUUGCUGAGGAGAAAGAUUUAGGCUCAGCAUUACUAGAAGUAGUGGAAGCUUCAAUGAACAUAUCAACAUCGGUCAUGACUCGGGCGGAAAUAAUCCAUGGAUCUUGUACGAACCUUGUGCGAGCUGCUGAGAAAAUAUCUGCAUAUACUGCUAAUGUACAAGGGCAUAAGCAAAAGCUGGCGAUCGAGCGUUUCCCAGCGCGCGAGGGUUUCAGCGGUGUGACGUGCGUAUGGUACAGCGCCGAGCGGAGCGGGCGCGGCGCGAAGCGAAGCGAGAGCGAGCGGCGGCUGCACUGCUCGACCACCAACAGGACUGUGGCGCCGCUGUUGACUGUCACCGACGCUUUUAUAUAUGCCAGUGUGCAAAUCCCACAAUCUCUUCUCUACAGUACGUCAGACUCCGGUUUGCUUCUACAAAGCAAGCCGCAGGAACUAGUAGUAUCGUUCUAUGAAGAUGCAUCACUGUUCCCGCUAUUACCAGAAGUAGAUGAGGGACCAAUAAGAGGACAUCGCUCGAAGGAUUACUACGGGAGGAGUACGAAACGAGAGGAUAUGAAUAUGGAGAUCACUUCUCCGGUGGUGGGAUUUCAACUUGACGACGUAUCGAUGCACGGCUCGCUCCUGGAGCCGAUAAUAGUGACGGUGCGCGCGGGCGGCGGCGCGGGGGACGCGCGCGCCGCGCUCUGGGACCGCGCCGCGCGCCGCUGGACCGACAACACCUCGGAUUGUCGAGUGUCGCACGUGGUGUCUGAAAUGAUUAUAAUAAGUUGCACUCGACUGGCGUACGUGGGCCUCUUGCAAAACGUCGAAACGGGCAUAUACGGGGCGAGAACGGACGGCGCGCGGUUCAAAGUGUCCCAUCCCGCCGUGUACGUCGGGAGCCUUAUUCUUAUAGGAUGCGUUAGUUGCGCGACUCUCACGUACAUCAUGUGCUAUCCCGCUAUACAAAUGGCGAAGAAGACCAAGCACGCCCUAAUCAAUACAUGGAUAGCUAUCGGAUUGCUAUGUUUUCUGUACACCCUGGGCAUUUACCAAACGGAGGACAUCAAGCUCUGCCAGAUAUUAGGUCUUCUGAUACACUAUUUGUCGCUGUGUUGUUUACUAUGGAUGUGUGUGUCAGCGAGUAAUAUGUAUAAAUGGGUGACGAAAACUCACAGUCCGGUUAGGUCGCCCGAAGAUGAGAUUCCACCGGAUAUACCGAUUCAGAAACCAAUAUUGGGCCUGUAUUUAGUCGGGUGGGGGAUAGCUUUGAUUGUGUGCGGGAUUUCUGGAGCUGUCAACUUGAAGGAUUACGCGGGCUAUUCUCAGUGCUUUUUGAGCACAGCACCAGCUCUGAGCGCCUUGUUCAUACCAGGCGCGAUUCUGCUUAUGUUCUUGACGAUUCUGUUUCUGCUGAUACGGUGUACGAUACGCAGCAUGAACGUACAACUGUCCGAGGGCACUCAGGCAACGGAAAACGUGGACUUAGAGAUGUGGGAGCCAAAUCAGGCCAAUGACGCUGAGAGGCGCAGUAUUAAAUCCGCUGCCGAUUCAGAAAUAGAUGACGUAGAACAUACACCGAUAAUACAGUUGCGUGCGCAAGUGAUCGUGCUGUGUCUAUAUAUGUCUGUGUGGACUUGCGGCGCUGUGGCCGUGUACAGACCGCUACCGGCUUACUUGCCCUACCAAGAAGAUAUAUGUAGCAUUGUAUACGCGGUCUGCGCUACAAUAUUGGGCACUUUUAUUUUGUUCUUUUAUGGAAUAGCGCGUAGUGACGUCAGAGCGCAAUGGUCACUGAUGCACUGUUAUCUGCAAUCGAGCAAACAGUGCUGCAGGAAUCGAAGUGUGUUCGACGCGAAUCACAGAAAUUUGCCGAAUCAAACGUCCACUGCACCCGUAUCGCAGAUACCAGGCGAUAAUAGAUCGAGAUCCGGUAGUAGAAGUUCAAAUAGAACUAAUACGAAAACAAAUAAUAGUGGGACAUAUAAAGCAGGAGCUGAAUUAAACGGACAAACAUUGCAAAAAGAUCUACAGAAAAAUAUCCACGGAAAGACGCCCAAUAUCAAUCUCGUGGUGUUGCAUAGGCAACAAUACAGAUCGAAUAAUUCUAUGAUGACUUAUCCAGACAGCAGUAAUUUCAUACCGGAAAUGUUCUAUAAUCCGAACCAAAUUAAUGUUGCGAAGAAAUUCUUCAAGAAACAAAGGCAAAGUAUGAAAAGAAACUGCUUAGAACUGCCCUUACGAAGAGAUUGUGACGAUGAAUCUAAUAUAUCGUUACCAUUGCCAUCCAAAGAAGCAUAUAACGGUAUUGCGAAUAUGAUGAAGUCUGGUACGAAAGUAAACAAUACGAACUUGCACGUAGAUAAAACAAAUAAUGGUAUGAAGGAAUCCCGGAACGCAGUAAAUCCAAACUUAUUAGAGGACGAAUCUAAGGACUUUAAGAGUUAUUCCACAGUUAAGAAGUCGUGGAACAGAAAUGACGAUCCCAAGCCUGGAAGGGAUCAAAUAAUGAACAUAUACACUAAUGUUCCUGAGACGCAAGUGCCACAACAUCAAGUGGUUAAAGCAAAUGUACAGAAACCAUUAAACGGACAGAGGAACAGCGUGUCGGAAGAAUGUCUGCAAAGUCAUGCCAGUGAGCAGCCUGAAAUGCGCACAAUUUCCCAACAAUGUAGCCUCGAAUAUAGUUCUGCUUCCGAAAUGGCCAUGCCUCAUACAUGUUCCGAUCAAACUAUCAAUACACAUUCGGAAAUGACUUCGCUACAAGAAACGCACAGUGCCUUAUGUUCUACUAACGAAAUCACUGACACGGAAAGUUUCGGACAAUACAUUGACUACUUACAGCCAAACAAGAAUCAAGAAAAUAAAGACGGAAUUGACAAAUCCUUGCAAGAUAUAUCUGAAGAGUGUACCAUGAACAGUGACGAUAUAAAUCGAUCCAGUACCCCCCAGGAUGUCGUAUGUUUGGGAGAGAUGGAUAACUUAUUGCAAAACCCGGAGGAUAUAGACGGUUCCAAAGAGAAACUUGACGGCGGCAAAGAGGAGUAUUUCAUGGCGAAAACGACAUACGAUUUCGAGACUUGCAGUACCAAUGCGAGCGAACAAGGCUUUGAAAACGAAAGCGACAUAUAUUGUCCGAAUUACCAAGUCUCAGAAGUUAGCAUACGAAGUCACGGCCUAUACGCCCCUUCGCCGUCUUCGAUGUGUCCAAAUGAAAUAAGCUUCAGCAACGAAGAUGUGUCCACGAUAGAGAGUCAAUACGUGAACUACGAUCCGGGGUGGCGGAAAACGAUAAAAAACAAUCCGAAGUUAGGAAAAUACGUUCCAACACCGGCGCUGAGUUGUCCUGAAGUGAAUUGCGACAGUCCAGUGUCGUUUUCCAGUGAUUUGGACGAACUGUACACGCAAAUAACGAGUAGGGAUAAGGAGAGGAUACCUCGCAAGGAGCAGUUGGAUGUGACCGUGAACAGUGACGUGACUCUCAAACCUGACAGUGACAGUUGUGUGAGCGAGGCCGUGUCGGAUGUAGAGAGGAAAGGGGAAACUACUGUGUAGUUGAAAUCUAAUAUCAUUUUGGUUUGUAGUGUUCUGCAUGCUCUUGCGAAAAGAACUCUGUUGUAGUUACGGAGAAUUGUGCUUGUAAAUAUCAAUUUUUUUUGGGUUUUACUUAACACAAAUAACAUGUACGACUAUAUCGUAGUUUUGUGUCAAAGAUAUACUAAAAUGUUUACCACUCAGGUGACAGUUGAAAUAGAACGUUACCAAGUUCGGCCGAGCACAUUGUGACAGCUAUUUAUUUUAUUUUAUAGUUGUAUAGGCAUUUCAUUGAAAACAUUUAUUUACGGAUUGAAAUCAUCACUGCCAAUUAAUUACUAACAUAGAGCUAAGACUUUUGGAAUGUUUUUUUUUUAUUCUUUUAACGUAACUGACGAAAUGAUUGUACAUUUUCUGUGCCAUUUGUUUUAAGUUUGUAUAAAGUAGUGUUAAGUUGUAAUUUAUGUACAUUUAUUUAUUUUUUAAGCCUUUUAUAAAUUUGAAGUUGUUGGAAACUUAUAAGAGGUUGACGCAAUUCAUAUAAUCAUUUGGUUGUAUAAAUUGUUUAAAAACUCAUCAAACAUGCGAAAAAGAACCGAGACAUGAAAUAAAAGGCACUGGAAUUUUCUUUCAAAUAUUCCAUACCAUCUCUCGCAACACGUACUUGUCACAGAAUAAUUGAAAAUAUUAUAAAUUAGAUGGCAGCUGAUUGUGUAAAAAUAGAACGAUAUUAUAGUCCGCGACACUAAGAGUCCCAUAGGUAUAUGAAAAGUUAUAGAUCGGCCAAGUUGUGUUGAACCCCUGGUUCUAAUGAAACGUAAUUGCAUUGAAAUACUGUUAUAUAUGAGUGCAGGUUCAUUAUGAGGUCAAUUCAUAGUUCAGAAACCACCAUUACUGGACAAUAGGUCCUAAAUAUAUGAUAGAAGAACUCAAUACUUACGCAAAAUUGUAAACACCGUUAGAUCUCGCGGACUAGCUGCGAAAUUAUGAGUUAUUAUUGUUGGCCACAUGCAACAUGCACCUGCGGACGUUUAAGAAAAAUAAUUCUGGGCGUAAUACUUAACUGUGACGUAUCAUUAUAGUCCAAUGAAAAGCAAUGCGUUAAAUUGCAAGCAAUUGAAUGACAAUUUGUCGACAGAUUACGGUAAUGUAAUAAUCUAACGGUUUUUAUGUAACCUUGAUACAUAAUAGAGUAAUUGUUCUGUAUCAUAUCGUUACUCUUGCGUAAGAUCAAUACAUAGUAUAAAACAAAGUCGCUUUCCGCCUUCUGUCUUUGUGUAUACUUAUGUCGUUAAAAUUACUCAUUAGAAUUUGAUGGUUUUUUUUUUUAUAUAGAUAGAGUGAUUCAAGAGGAUAUAUGUAUAAUAACAUUGAAUUUAAUAACUUUAGCUAUUUUCGUGUCGCGGACUCUAGUAGAAAUUUUAUUUUAAAGUUGCAAAUUGACACUAUUAGCUGCACAGAUAAUGUAAGAUAAAUUAAAUCGAGUAAAAAUAGAUAAUUUUGUACAGUAAAAAUCUUUGUAUUAGAUAUUAUAUCGGAUUGUUUCGGCUUAUUGUCGCUGUGAAAAUUAUAAUAUUAGUGUUAAUACGGAUCGAUGUGCCAAAUUUAUCGGAUUGUUGGUGAUUUUAUGCCUUUUGGGUGUUAGAAAUUUGACUGAUUUUUAUCUUCGCCUUACUUCUAGUCUUUUUGACGGUUUAUUUUUAUGAUUGUAUACACUUAACUGGAAUAAAUUUUCUUUCGUUAUGACAUCGUUCGGUUUUAUAGAUUUCGUAAUAACUUGUAUUAUACACACUGGUCUUCCAAUGCAUGAAAUUCAUACGGUUUCUUUGCGUUCUGGCCGUAUUUAGAGGCCCAUAAUAAAUCUUUUUCUGAUCUCAUUUAUUCAUGUUUUGUCGAUUGUCAUCAAACAAUUCGUGUUAAGACAAAUAAUGGUAUAAAUAUGUAAUAUCAAUGUUUUACGUUAUCGAAGUAAUAUGUAGAUUGUAUAGUGUUUUAUAACAUGUAUGUAGUAGAAAUUUAAUUAUUUCAGGCAUUUUGGCUCUGUGGCGGUUAAAUGAUUUUAUGAAUAUGUUGCUAUUAUUCGAUUAUUGUGGAUUAUUUUUAGAAAAAUAUUUAAAUUGCAUGUUAUGUACUUUUAGUCUACAUGAAGAAUAAUAUGUAAAAGAUUCAAUAUUGGUUGUUGGAAGGUUAAUGUAUAGUAUCAUAGUUAUGGCAACAUUCAAUACUCACAGUAAAAAAUUGUUAAAAGAAUAAUCUAUCUAUAAUGUAUGAAAGUCAUCUACAUUAUGAUUGAUUAACCCAUAAAACACUUGUUCAAGUUGUUAACAUCAUACAGUUAUAUUUAACCGUCAUAAAGUUAACUGUCUGAUUAUAUAACGUGCAGUUAAAUGCACAUAAUAUACACAACUGUUUUGAUAAAUAUUACCGAUUUGUGAAUAUAAUAUAUGAAUAGAAAAUUUAUAAACGGUUAGCUUUUUGUGGGCAUAUUGCAUAAUAAAAAGCAU